UUCGAGAAAUAUACAAGUGUAACUAAUUGAUGUGAUUCAUUGUUAUUGAUUGAUGGACUGCAAAAGCUAGCAAUGAAUUUGCUUCCAACGUCUAUUCAUGCAAUCUUCUACCCCAAAAACCAAGCUUUUAAUCCUCCUCCGUUCACUCACAACAUCAGCCACCAGCAGCUACUACCAAAGAGCUGCGGCGGAACACGGCUGCCUCACUCUCCUCCAAUCAUGCAACACCUUCAUAAACCUCCUCCAAAUCCAAACCCAAAUUCUCAAAUUGGGUUUCCAAAAUAACCCUUUAAUUCUCACCAAUUUUGCAUCCAAAUCCUCUGACCUCAACUCCAUUGACUACGCCCACUGCUUCCUCUUUUCACCCCACUCAAACACCCUUUACUAUGAUGCUUUCCUUUUUAACACUGUCAUCAAAGCUUAUGCUCAAACUGGGAACUUAAAGGCCAAAGCUUUAUGGGUUUUCAAUUUCAUGCUUGAAUGUGAAGUCUUACCUAAUAAUUUCACGUACCCGUUUGUUUUAAAGGCCUGUGCUGGCAUUGGGGACUUGAAUUUAGGCAUGUCCGUGCAUGGGUCGUUGUUAAAAUUUGGUUUUGAUGUGAAUAAUCAUGUUCUAAACACAUUGGUUCACAUGUAUGGUAGUUGCAAAGGAGGGAUUCAAUUUGGUCGGAAAGUGUUUGACGAAAUGACGAAAAAGGACUCUGUUCCUUGGAGUGCUAUGAUUGGCGGGUAUGCUCGUUUGGGGCGGUCAACGGAUGCGGUUGACUUGUUUGGGCAGAUGCAGAUAGAAGGCAUUUGCCCUGAUGAGAUUACCAUGGUUGCUAUUUUGUGUGCAUGUACUGAUCUAGGUGCACUUGAACUUGGGAGGUGGGUUGAGUCUUUUAUUGAGAAGAAAGGACUGAAUAAAUCCGUGGAGCUUAAUAAUGCUAUUAUUGAUAUGUUUGCAAAGUGUGGUGAUGUUGAUAAAGCUUUGAAAUUGUUUAGGACCAUGAGUGAGAGAAGUAUUGUUUCUUGGACUUCUGUCAUUGUUGGUUUAGCAAUGCAUGGGCGUGGAUUACAGGCUGUUUCUUUGUUUCAUGAGAUGAUAAGAGCUGGAAUGGUGCCAGAUGAUGUUGUUUUUAUUGGAUUGCUCUCUGCUUGUAGUCAUUCUGGAUUAGUUGACAAAGGAAAGGAAUUCUUUGAUUUGAUGAGGAAGGAGUUUGGUAUUUUGCCUAAAAUUGAACACUAUGGAUGCAUGGUGGAUAUGCUAUGUAGGGCUGGACUCGUUAGAGAGGCAGUGGAGUUUGUUCAAAAAAUGCCUAAUGAGCCAAAUUCUAUCAUCUGGCGAACCCUGAUAAAUGCUUGCCGUACACAUGGUGAACUCAAGCUAGGAGAGAGCAUUGCCAGACAACUAAUUGAAAAUGAGCCAAUGCGUGAGGCCAAUUAUGUUCUACUGUCCAAUAUUUAUGCAAAAAUGUUUCACUGGGAGAAGAAAACCAAGAUUAGGGAGGUGAUGGACAAAAAGGGGAUGAGAAAGAUCCCAGGCAGCACUAUGAUUGAGCUAAAUAAUAAAAUUUAUAAAUUUGUUGCUGGAGAUAUGUCACAUAAUCAGUACAAGGAAAUAUUUGAGAAGGUAGAUGAGAUGGGGAGACAAAUGAAGAGGGCUGGAUAUGUUCCAUCUACGUCAGAGGUUAUGCUUGAUAUUGAUGAAGAAGACAAGGAAGAUAAUCUGAAUAGGCAUAGUGAAAAGCUAGCUAUUGCUUUUGCUCUUAUAAAUACCCCACCAGGAACUCCUAUUAGGAUUGUGAAAAAUCUGCGAGUUUGUAAUGAUUGUCAUUCUGCUACUAAGCUUAUCUCUAAGAUAUAUAAUCGAGAAAUUAUAGCGAGGGACCGGAAUCGCUUUCACCAUUUCAAGGAUGGUUUAUGCUCUUGUAAGGAUUUCUGGUAACGAAGUAAUGACAGUUUCAUCAUGUUGGCUUGGUAGAUAGAAUCGUGACGAUUAUGGAGUUAAUCAUGCUCUGUGGAAGUUAGUUCCAGGACAAAGUUUUGAGCACAGAUAUGAUGACCGUGCAUGUUUUUCGACUGAAGUAUGAUCUGCUUAGAUGGUCAGAGAUAACUUCUGUUGAUCCUCCGGGAGAAUAUCCCUUAGAAAUAUAUGCUAAGGCUACAAUGAUCCUGAAGCCUUGAUUUAAAGUGGAGUCAGCAAUUAACCAAAGAAAGAAAAUGGAGUCAGCAGCUUUAUUGGACAGGAUUGCCCUUACUAACUGUGAUUCUAUGUAGUCUUGACAAACCUAUAAAUCAAAAAUUGCAAUGAGGGUGUGGAUUUGAGUUAUUGGAGCUCAUAAUUCUUGUAGAAUUCGCAGCCAACAAAUAUGAAUUAUUUUCAACUUGCAAUGACUGACUUUAUGAAUUGUGUGAAUUUGUAUUUAAGUGCUUUUGUAUGUAGAUUGUGGGAUAUAAUCCUGGCCCAAUGUAUAGUAGUAUGGCGGUUGAGAGAUGAACUGUUUUUGUUGUUGAUAACUGAAGAAUUGUAGCCGUCUGGUGGGGCAAAAUCUGCACUAAAUCCUAAUUCAGAGCAAACCCCAGUCAGAGCAUGUGAAAUCCUAUCGAGUUGGUUGAGGAGCUAAGCUGGAAAGUUGUGCUAUCAUCGGCCAAUAUUUUCUUUGGAAGAUCAGUUGAGAUUAUGUGACUGAAAAUCGCUUCUUUUAAGCUGCAGGCUCCCCUAAAGAAGGCGCUAGUUGGAAGGCUGUAGCAGCUGCGAGUCUAGUGAAUCUUGGAGGUCAAGUUUACCUGGACUUUCGCUCUUAACAAUUUUUUUGCCCCAAUUAAAAGGGUAUCUGCAUGGUUUUUAGCACUGUCAUAAGAUUGGUAGUUUCGUCAUUUUUUCUUUUUCUUCUUUAUUGGUCCAACCUCUCUGCACUGCUUCUUUGACAUCUUACAAGCUGUAACUCAGUUGUCCACGAAAUGGAAUACAGAGAGCAUGCAAUAAUCAUUCUGUGAGAGAAUAGAAUAUAAGAGGAAUAAUUAUUUUAUAGUUUGAUUCAUAAAAUGGAAUAGAGACGGAAUAUUAUUAGUAUACUUGGUCAGUGAAAAGCAUGUAAAAGAGUAUGUAAGUUUCAUCGCUGAAUACCAUCAAUGAUGCACAGCAAUUACCAUUUUCAUAUUCUCUCA